UGAAAGGUCAAUUUUAUAAAGUCGAUAAGAAUUAUUAUCGUAGGUCAAAAAUGCCAAUGGAGUAGGAAAGACGAAUAAUGACUGAUAUAGCGCAUGUGACAUGCACAAAGUAAGCAACCUCAGAAGAAGGCAGAACGUAGAACUAGGGCAAAAGCUGAUCUGUUUUCCGAAUCAUCUUCCACGGUUUAGCUGUAAAACACAUGCCCUAAUUCUGGGUUAUUGUUUAAUCCAUUCCGAUAACUUCUUAUACACGCAACACUAGGUUAAAACCUCAGUGAUUUCAAUAACUCACACUGCAAAAAGAAAAAGAAAAAAGAAAAAAGAAGAAAAUAUCUAAGAGAUGGAGGAAGACCUCAAAAGCUUUAUCAAAGUAUGGGUUUAUGGAAUAAUCUCUAUAUCUUAUUGUUAUUACAUAGCAACCAGAAUCAGAUCUGGUGUUCCUCGGUUACUCUCUAUCUUUCCCGUUCUUGUUCUGUUUCUUGUUAUUCCUCUGUCUUUCUCCUCUGCGCAUUUGUCUUUAUACACGACGUUUUCGCUUACGUUCCUCGCUAAUUUUAAACUUAUCCUCUUCUCCUUCGAUAAAGGUCCUCUAAUCCCACUUCCUACAACUCUCGGCAGAUUUUUCUGCUUUACUUGCUUCCCAAUCAAAGCCCAAGAAAACCCUAAUUCUCAAAACCAUUUUCCUAAAAGGGAUGUCGCUGUUAAAGUUGCCAUCGUUGGUGUGUUACUACAUUUGUAUGGCUACAGAAAUAAUCUGUCUCCGACUCUGCUUUUGGCUCUCUAUUUUGUGCAACUCUACUUGGAGAUUGACAUUGUUGCAUCAUUCUUCAAAAUCGCGGUUGUUAUCUUUCUUGGCUGUGACCUCGAGCCACAGUCCAAUAAACCAUACUUAGCCACAUCUCUACAAGACUUCUGGGGGCGCCGGUGGAAUCUCAUGGUUCCGGCGAUUCUCCGGGCAGCUGUUUACGCCCCAAUGCGGCAAGUCUCUGAACGAAGAAUGAGUUCCGGUUGGGGACUGUUUCCUGGUGUUUUAGCUGCCUUCAUCGUCUCCGGACUGUAUCAUGAACUGCUCUUUUAUUAUUUAACUCGUGAGAUGCCAACAUGGGAAGUUACUUGGUACUUCGUUUUACAAGGAGUUUGCACUGCGGCAGAAAUAGCAUUGAAGAAGAAGACGACGGUGACGCAGCGGUGGCAGUUGACUCCGGCGGUAUCGCGGCUGCUCACGGUGGGGUUUGUGUUUGUGACCGGUGUUCGGCUAUUUGCACCUCAACUUGUAAGGAGCGGCGUGUUGGAGAGAUACAAAUAUGAGGAAGUUUUGUUUGUUGAUUUUAUUAAGCAGAAGUUUAUAACUUUGUUGGGGAUAUUUUUGACGAGUGUUAAAUCUUUUAACGGUGUUUGAUUCA